AUGUUUCUCCAGGAUGGCUACUUCUCACACCGGCCAAAAGAGAAAGUGCGAACAGACAGCAACAAUGAGAACUCGGUCCCCAAAGAUUUUGAGAAUGUCGACAACAGCAACUUUGCCCCCAGGACUCAAAAGCAGAAGCGCCCACCUGAGUUGGCGAAGAAGCCCCUGAGUAAACCAAAGGAGCUUUUGAGAAAGAAGCUGGAGCAGGAGGAGAAAGGGAGAGGACACACCUUCCUGGGGAAAGACGCCAACGAAGUGCUGCCUCCUGCCGAGAGAGCCGCAGCCAACAGCAGCCACUCCAAGGAUGCCCCCCGACAGGCCCAUGCCAGGAAGAGUGGGGGCAGCUCCCCCGAGAUCAAGUACGACCAGCCCCCCAAGUGUGACAUCUCGGGCAAGGAGGCCAUCUCGGCCCUGUCCCGCUCCAAGUCCAAGCACUGUCGCCAGGAGAUUGCAGAAACCUACUGCCGCCACAAGCUGGGGCUCCUGAUGCCCGAGAAGGUGGCUCGGUUCUGCCCCCUGGAGGGCAAAGCCAACAAGAACGUUCAGUGGGAUGAUGACUCAGUAGAGUACAUGCCACGCUCUAAUUACCUGCACCGGCAAGUGCUCCAGUUCACCAGGCAGUAUGCCAACGUCCGUGUCACCCCCUGGAGAAUGGCCACCAUCUGGGGGGGCGCCAGCCUCCUGUCCACCUACCUGCAGAGCAUGCGAGACCUGCUGGAGAUGACAGACUGGCCCUGGGACUUCUUCAUCAACCUCAGCGCAGCUGACUAUCCCAUCAGGACAAAUGACCAGCUGGUGGCCUUUCUCUCCCGAUAUCGAGAUAUGAAUUUCCUGAAGUCACACGGCCGGGACAAUGCAAGAUUUAUACGGAAACAAGGCCUGGACCGCCUCUUUCUGGAGUGUGACGCCCACAUGUGGCGCCUGGGCGACCGGCGUAUCCCAGAGGGCAUAGCUGUAGAUGGCGGCUCUGAUUGGUUCCUGCUGAACCGGAAGUUUGUGGAAUAUGUGACAUUCUCCACAGACGACCUGGUGACCAAAAUGAAGCAGUUCUACUCCUAUACCCUGCUUCCUGCUGAGUCUUUCUUCCACACGGUCCUGGAGAACAGCCCCCACUGCAACACCAUGGUGGACAACAACCUGCGCAUCACAAACUGGAACCGCAAGCUGGGCUGCAAGUGUCAGUACAAGCACAUCGUGGACUGGUGCGGCUGCUCCCCCAACGACUUCAAGCCGCAGGACUUCCAUCGCUUCCAGCAGACAGCCCGGCCCACCUUCUUUGCUCGAAAGUUCGAAGCUGUGGUGAAUCAAGAAAUCAUUGGGCAGCUGGACUAUUUCCUGUACGGGAACUACCCCUCAGGCACCCCCGGCCUCCGUUCCUACUGGGAGAAUGUCUACGAUGAGCCUGAUGGCAUCCACAGCCUGAGCGACGUGGCACUCACUUUGUACCACUCCUUCUCCCGCCUGGGCCUCCGACGGGCAGAGAUGUCGCUGCACACAGAAGGGGAGAACAGCUGCCGGUAUUACCCAAUGGGCCACCCAGUGUCUGUCCACCUCUACUUCCUUGCUGACCGUUUCCAGGGCUUUCUGAUCAAGCAUCAUGCUACCAAUCUGGCUGUGAGCAAACUCGAGACCCUGGAGACAUGGGUGAUGCCCAAGAAAGUCUUCAAGAUCGCCAGCCCACCCAGCGACUUUGGGAGGCUUCAGUUUUCUGAGGUCGGCACUGACUGGGAUGCCAAGGAACGACUGUUCCGCAACUUUGGGGGUCUCCUGGGGCCCAUGGAUGAGCCGGUGGGCAUGCAGAAAUGGGGGAAGGGGCCCAACGUGACAGUGACCGUCAUCUGGGUAGACCCCGUCAAUGUCAUCGCAGCCACCUACGACAUCUUGAUUGAGUCCACUGCCGAAUUCACCCACUACAAGCCCCCUUUGAACUUGCCCCUGAGGCCUGGGGUGUGGACAGUGAAAAUCCUCCACCACUGGGUACCCGUUGCAGAGACCAAAUUCCUUGUUGCACCGCUGACUUUCUCAAACAGGCAGCCCAUCAAACCGGAGGAGGCGCUGAAGCUGCACAGCGGGCCCCUGCACGGCGCCUACAUGGAGCAGAACUUCCAGAGCCUGAACCCCGUGCUCAGCCUGCCCAUCAGCCCGGCACAGGUGGAGCAGGCCCGGCGCCACGCAGCCUCCACGGGCGCGGUGCUGGAGGGCUGGCUGGACUCGCUGGUGGGCAACAUGUGGACAGCCAUGGACAUCUGCACCACUGGCCCCACCGCCUGCCCUGUAAUGCAGGCCUGCAGCCAGACGGCCUGGAGCUCCUUCAGCCCAGACCCCAAGUCGCAGCUGGGGGCUGUCAAACCCGAUGGCCGCCUUAGGUAG